GUUUAUAAUCCACAGUCUCCAGAAUGAGAGGACUAUUGCUAAACUGGUUAUGAAUUGUGCAGUUCUGAAGUCUUCUCUCACUUGGCCCCCUACUGUUGUAACCAAACAGGAUUGUUCUGAUGUGUUAAAAAGUAAGCAUUUGAAUGUCAAUAUUCCUGCUGGGAGUCUGUCCACUACCAGUUACAGCAUGUCAAAGGUGGCUUUCUUCAGCAGCCUGGAGAUCAGCCUUAAAAAGAUUAGACAAUUUUUGCUAACUUUUAAAUGAAUGCUUUGCUUCCUGAUGAAUAAUUCUUUUUGAAGAUCGAUAGAAAUAAGUAAGACCAAGAAGGGCCUUUGCUGGAUUCCUGAUGAACGUAUUUGACUGGCUUAACAUUGUGGGGUCUCCUGGUUUUUAUGUUGACGUAUCAGUCGUCCCUUGAAAAUUCUCCAGUUCUUCAUGCUUUGUUGAUGAGUUUUGAGAUGUUUUUUGGUAACAUUGUCUUUUUUUCCAUCCUUUUUUCUUUCCUAACCUGGUUUCUUCCAGUGCAACUGCAGAUAGAAGACCUGACUCGUAAACUGCGCACAGGAGACCUGGGCAUCCCCCCUAACCCUGAGGACAGGUCUCCUUCCCCUGAACCAAUCUACAAUAGCGAGGGGAAGCGCCUCAACACCCGCGAGUUCCGUACACGCAAGAAGCUGGAGGAAGAGAGGCAUAACCUGAUAACAGAGAUGGUGGCGCUCAACCCUGACUUCAAGCCGCCAGCUGAUUACAAGCCACCAGCAACCCGGGUGAGUGAUAAAGUGAUGAUCCCACAAGAUGAAUAUCCUGAGAUAAACUUCGUUGGGCUUCUCAUUGGACCCAGAGGAAACACACUGAAGAACAUUGAGAAGGAGUGCAAUGCAAAGAUCAUGAUCAGAGGCAAAGGCUCUGUGAAAGAAGGGAAAGUGGGGCGGAAAGAUGGCCAGAUGCUGCCUGGUGAGGAUGAACCCCUUCAUGCGCUCGUCACUGCCAACACUAUGGAAAAUGUGAAGAAAGCUGUGGAACAGAUCCGGAACAUUUUGAAACAAGGAAUUGAAACACCAGAGGACCAGAAUGACCUGCGCAAGAUGCAGCUGCGGGAGCUUGCCCGCCUCAAUGGGACGCUGCGUGAAGAUGACAACAGGAUUCUGCGUCCGUGGCAAAAUACGGAAACUCGCAGCAUCACCAACACCACAGUGUGUACCAAGUGCGGAGGAGCUGGCCACAUUGCAUCAGACUGCAAGUUUGCCCGGCCUGGAGAUCCCCAGUCAGCCCAGGAUAAAGCACGCAUGGACAAAGAGUACUUAUCUCUAAUGGCCGAGUUGGGAGAGGCCCCUGUUCCGUCAUCUGUAGGGUCUUCUUCAGGACCUUCUAAUCCACCUCUGCAGAGUGGCCCAAGACCGUCGGGGCCUGGCAACAGCCAGCCACCUCCUAACCGCCCUCCGUGGAUGAACUCUGGCCCUUCUGAAAAUCGGCCCUUCCAUGGCAUGCAUGGUGGAGGUGGAGGCGGUGGCGGCGGCGGCGGUGGUGGUGGUGGAGGAGGAGGAGGAGGAGGAGGGCCUGCAGGGCCUGGCGGUCCUCACAACUUCCCUCACCCAAUGUCGAACAUGGGAGGACAUGGUGGUCACCCCAUGCAGCACAAUCCAAAUGGUCCCCCGCCUUGGUUACAGCCACACAAUCCUCCAAUGAACCAGGGACCGCAUCCUCACGGCCCACCAGGCCCCCAUCACAUGGAUCAGUACCUGGGCAACGCGCCAGUGGGCUCUGGGGUCUAUCGCCUCCAAGGAAAAGGUAUGAUGCCGCCUCCGAUGGGUAUGAUGCCCCCACCGCCCCCUCCGCCCGGUGGUCAGCCUCCCCCGCCUCCCUCUGGUCCUCUCCCCCCAUGGCAGCAGCAGCAGCAGCCACCACCCCCGCCUCCCAGCAGCAGUACUCCCUUGCCAUGGCAGCAAAAUACGACGACCACCACCACCACGAGCGCUGGCAGCGGGGCCAUCCCUCCAUGGCAGCAGCAGGGGGCGGCGGCAACUUCUACGGGGGGCCCGCAGAUGCAAGGCAGCCCCUCCAUGGUGCCUUUGCCUCCAGGGGUCCAGCCUCCCCUGCCGCCAGGGGCCCCGCCUCCUCCCCCUCCUCCGCCUCCCAUGGACCCUUCUAACUUUGUCACCAUGAUGGGGGUGGGGGUUCCGGCUUUGCCACCGUUCGGCAUGCCCCCUGCUCCACCACCACCGCCACCACAGAACUGAAGAAAGGUUUUUCUAUACAGUUUUUCUCUCCAAUGUGGAGCCAGGAAUUGGAGGGGGAUGUUAAUGAAGCCCGGCCAGGAGCAUGUGAGGGAUGUUCCCCCCCCUCCUUACUCUGUAUUAGAGGGGUGUGUGACUCUUUGUCACAUUCUUGUUUUGAAUGACUUGACUGGUGUACUUCGAUAAUUUGACCCAUCAAGACACUAGCCUUAAGCGUCCCUCUGAAGUGAGGACUGUCUAACCUUUGGCAGUGAGAACAAGGAACUUACGGGAUAUACUUGCUGGGGCAAAAGUCCAUUUGAAACCACCAGGUCCAGCCUCGGAAGCAGCAAGCCCUCUUCUGUGAAUUUAAGCAUCUCUCACGUGCCCUGCAGGCGCAGAACAGCGACUUCUGUUUAUUUAAUUUUUUCUUGCUGGGCUUAGAUUUCAGUCCCACCUUAAAGACACCAUGUUUUCCAGGGCCCUGUACAUCUCCACCAUUGAACUUCUGCCAGUAGAGUUGAAGAAAUGAAUGGAUUUUGGUAGAAUUCUCUGUGUUUGAAAGCUGAGACUUUUUGCCCCGCAGCUGAUUUGGGGGGGGGGGGAGUGUCCCAGUUUUUCUUUUCCUGGGUCUCCUUAGCAGGAAUAGGUAGAUUUUGCAAGAUGUGUCUACUGUAGAAGCUGAGGGCUUUGAGUCCACCCCCCACCCUUCCCAUAGGGUAGUUAAAAUGAAGUAGGCGUUGGGAGGGCAUCUUCGUCUACUCUGAGAUCCAUUCGUCUCUUAUUCACCUGCCUAGAGUCUCAUUCCUUCCUCCUUUUUCUUUUUUUUUAAGCACGUCUGAGUGUUUUGUGGUUUUGGGUGGUCCCACCCCCGGAUUGAGUGAUUUCUGUUGACAAUGAUGUAUGUGUAUAAUGCUUCAUUCAGUCACCUGUAACCAUUUUCUUAAUUGCUUUUUGUGUAAGAGUAAAAACUGCAACGAGGGGAGGUUCCAAUUAA